AGCGAGAUCGAGGAGGCCGCUCGUUUGGCGAACGCGCACGGGUUUAUUUCGGAGCUGCCGGACGGCUACGAAACUGCUGCUGGGGCUGGCGGGCUGCUGCUGUCGGGGGGGCAGCGGCAGCGAAUUGCAAUUGCCCGCGCGCUGCUGCGGCAGCCGCAGCUUUUGAUUUUGGACGAAGCCACUUCGGCGCUGGACGCGGAGAGCGAGCGCCAGGUGCAGCGCACGCUGGACGCGCUGCUGCGCAGCAGCAGCAGCAGCAGCAGCAGCAGCAGCAGCAGCGGCAGCAGCGGCAGCAGCGGCAGCAGCAGCGGCAGCGGCAGGAGAAGCACCAUUCUUAUUGCCCACAGACUCUCCACAGUCAGAAACGCCGAUAAGAUUGUUGUGCUGCAGCAAAGAGGCAGCAGCGGCAGCAAAGUUGUCGAAGUCGGAACUCACCAGCAGCUCAUGGAAAUCCCCAACGGAGUCUACAGAGGUCUCGUCCUCGCGUCCCAAGAAGAAGACUCCCAAAGCCCCGCAUAA